UAGGAUGCCUUAGUUUUUAAAUCGAACAGUUUCCAUAGGAACUUUUGAAUAUUUGAACAUUUGAAACAAAUACAUUAUUUCUUAACACUCAUACAGUUUUACACAUUAAAGUACAAAAAAUAAAUUAUUAGAUUGUUUACCACCUAGAUACAAUUACAGCUAUUCAAACACAUUUUCAGUUACGUUUCGGGCAUAGUCAUGCAGUCCAAUAAAAUGGGAAACAGAGGCGAAAGGAAGCAGGAAAUACCGUGCAAAGCUAUGCCAAUUCUUUAUAUAGAGCCUGACGGUGAGGGCGAAUCUUCGCUUAACCCUUACGCCUUGGAGUUUAUUCCUUCGUAUCUAAAGGGCGGUAAAAACGAUAAUAAUAAAAAUAAUAAUAAUAAAAGUUGCCAAAAAAAACAGUUGAAAACAGAGGCAACAUCUACAACCACACUGGCUCAGCGUGAAUUUGUGGGUGAUGCAUCCUAUUUGCAGGCACAGAGGCAGCUAUUCGAGCUGCUGCAUCAACUGGGAGACAAGUUCAUGCCACUAAAGGCGAUCAAGUUGAGUCUGGCCCCGGACGGCCAGGGUAUCAAUGUUCAGUUUAAGGGAGAGCAUGGUGUGACUGGUAAGCAGAUGUUGGACGAGAGCCUUUGCCAGAACUCGGCGCUCCAUUUGGAAUUGAGCGACCGCUCCUUCAUGCCAAGAAGACUGCCCAAUGUGUUGGCCGCCAAUUUUAUGGUCCGCAUGGGCGAUGUUCUCAACGAUAAGAUGGAGUGGAAUGAAGAGACCAUGUGUUCAAACAGCCCAGCCGUCGCCCAAGAGUCAGCUAGCAAGCAGUCAAUGGAGACCAAGUCUUUCAUAGAGAGCAAACCCAUGUCGGAGGUCAAGCGCAAGUCCUGCUCAGUUUCUGCCAGCAAGGACAUUCAUCAUGUCCAUCAAAUAAUUGCCACCACAGCACCAAGGGAAACAUUGCCAAAGAAGCAGCAGCCAGAGCCUCUCCAUCUGAAUGGCGUUCGUCCCACUCUUGCCGUACCAAGCAUUGUCAGCAAAGUGCACCAUUGUGCCACCACUGGCAAUUGGAACAGUUUGCCGACUGGCCAUUCCAAAACUGAGACACGCCAAAAAACAGUGAACAUUAAGCAGGAACCCAAAAAAGAAAAGAAAUCGAAUAAGGGAAUCCACACGCCCCGACAAAGCCUAGGACAGAUCAUAAAGAAAGGCCUGACGACUGGUGCCCAGAAAUUCGCACCACGGAGCACGCACACUUCCCAAAUGCGCCAAUCGCAGGUGCAAAAGGUAAGCCAGCGCAUGAGCCUCUUGAAAGCGAAUAACAAUUAGAACCUGACUGAAAUUUAAUAUAUCUAUGUACAAUAUGUGCACAUAGCCAAGGGAGACUAAGGGAACUCAGGGAACUCAGGGAACUCAGGGAACUAAGGGAUCUAAGGGACCAGUAAAAUAAUUCUUUUAAUUUUACAGAACACUCUUUGCGAUGGUUAGUUCAUUAAACUAAUGAAGUGUCGCACGUAGAAGAAAUCAAUAUUAAUUCCAAUUCUGCUUUAAAUCCAAAAGGGGAAAAAUAAAGGGAGAACAAAUUAAAACUCAUUUUGUUUAACAAA